AUGGAGUCAGCUUUAAAGAAGAUAAAACUCGCAGGAAGAUGCUAUUUUUCUCAGAUCGAAGAUCUUACCGUGCUGAUAUUAGAAGACUUGGCCCCAUUGGGAUACCAAAUGGCUGAUCGUCUGCUCGGCUUGGAUCUUAAAUGUUUCAGACUGGCUCUAAUUAGGCUGGCGCAAUUUCAUGCCAGCUCUGUUUAUAUAAUUGAAAAUACGCCAAAUUGCAAAAAAGAACAUAAAAUGGGAUUGUUUUCAAGUGACCAUACGCCACAAGACGCUCAAUUUUACAAGGACUUAAUGGAUUCGUUCAUUAAUACAGCUGAGACCUGGCGAGAGCUAACAUCAUCGUGCAUAACAAAAUUGAGAGAGUUGUCACAUACUAUUUUCCCCCGAGUGUGUAAAAUAGUCGAACAGAUGGAGACAGAGUUCAGCGUAAUCAACCACGGAGAUUGCUGGAUCAACAACAUGAUGUUUAAAUAUGACGAGCAAGGGAACGUCAUAGAUCAUGUUUUUGUCGAUUUCCAGAUGUCCAGGUAUGGAACGCCUGGAAUAGAUUUGCAAUAUUUCUUCAACACAAGUAUAUCAUACAAAGUGUUGCAAGAACAUAAAGUGGCACUGAUGAAAGAAUAUCAAGAAGUACUUGCUUCAACUAUGAUCGACACUGGUUGCAGGACUCGUCCUCCCAGUGUCGACUAUAUUAAUAAAAUGUUAGCAAACACCGAAUUAAUCGGUGUACUGACAGCGUGCACAGCAUUACCAAAUGUGUUAAUCGACAAGAGUAAAGCCGAAGGACCUGAAAAACAAACGACUUGUAGUGAUGGUAAUUUAAAUGCUUUGAAUAAUGAAGCUUUUAAACAAGCAAUACUUCCACGGCUCGAUAGAUAG